UCGCGUCGCGCCAACUUGGGAAAUGCGUUGCGUCGUGUCCCGUGAAAAUCGAAAUCGUCGAGACUAAGGCCCCAAAGCACCCGCAGGAUUAUCCCGAAAACAACAAUUAUAAUACAAUAACAAUAAUAAUAAUAACAGCAGCAAGCAGCAAACAAAGUGUGACCAAAGUGAUAUAUGUGUGCCUAUCUGUCUGCCCGUCUAUUUGUAAACCCAGCGCUAUUUUGGUUUCGCGCCCGCUUUGUGGGUAAUUAGCGCAAAGUGUCGAGCGAUUUUCCGUCUCAAUUGAAGCGCUGCCCUUUGCCAAAAGUACUCGCUAAACAAUGUGAUGACUUAAUGAAAAGUUAAUACGUCUCUGAAUAAUUGCAGCUAAUUGAAAUAUUAAUCGUUCAACAUUUAUUUCGUGUGCGCCGAGCGAAAGUUGUCUCUAUCUCGCUAUUGGCAUUGCCUGGCUAAAAAUACAAGAAAGUCCACAGCUAUACAAUAUAACAACAAGUUUUAUUUAUUGCCUAAAUAUAUUUGUGUGCCGUAUGUUUGUGUCCCGUCCAUAAAGACGCUAGGCAAAGGCGUAUAAUUUUCUAAAUUCUUGUGCUAGUAACACUUUCAGCACCAGCAAAAAUUAAGCCAUUAAACAAUAUAUACCCGCCGAGAAUUCGCAACAAAAUCCACGGCAGCGGAACAUAAAAAAUUAAUAAAAACAAAAACAAAUAUCUGGUAUUUGCAAAAUAAAUAAUCCAGCAACAUGUCGACCUCCACGCGGAGUUCGGUUACGAGGAAGUCGUCGCUCUCGAAGAGCUCUAGUUCUGAUAAGUCCACAAAGUCCUCGUCGAGCUCCUCGAAAGCCGCGGCUGCCCCCAGCGGAAACAAACAGAAAAUGCAGUACACAAAGACCAGGGAGCGCAUGGUCGAUGAUGUGCCUCUACCGCCCGCCCACAAACUCACCAUGUCCGAGGUAUACGACGAUCCGAAGACCGGAAAACCGAACUUCGACGCCCUGCGUCAGCACUUCCUGCUGGAGGGGCGGAUCGAGGAGGCGGUGGCCCUCAGGAUCAUCACCGAGGGGGCCGCUCUGCUACGCGAGGAGAAGAACAUGAUCGACGUGGAGGCACCCAUCACGGUCUGCGGGGACAUCCACGGCCAGUUCUUCGACCUCGUCAAGCUGUUUGAAGUGGGCGGUCCGCCGGCCACCACCAGAUACCUCUUCCUGGGCGACUACGUGGACAGGGGCUACUUCAGCAUAGAGUGCGUUCUCUACCUGUGGUCCCUGAAGAUAACCUACCCCACCACCCUUUCGCUGCUGCGGGGAAACCACGAGUGCAGGCACCUCACAGAGUACUUCACCUUCAAGCAGGAGUGCAUCAUCAAGUAUUCGGAAAGUAUUUACGACGCCUGCAUGGAGGCGUUCGACUGCCUGCCCCUCGCCGCCCUCCUCAACCAGCAGUUCCUCUGCAUCCACGGCGGCCUGUCGCCCGAGAUCUUCACGCUCGACGACAUCAAGACGCUGAACCGCUUCAGGGAGCCGCCGGCCUACGGGCCCAUGUGCGACCUGCUCUGGUCUGAUCCCCUCGAGGACUUCGGCAACGAGAAGACCACCGAGUUCUUCUCCCACAACUCGGUGAGGGGCUGCUCCUACUUCUUCAGCUACUCGGCCUGCUGCGAGUUCCUGCAGAAGAACAACCUGCUCUCGAUCGUCAGGGCGCACGAGGCCCAGGAUGCUGGCUACCGAAUGUACCGAAAGAACCAGGUUACGGGCUUCCCCUCCCUGAUCACCAUCUUCUCCGCCCCCAAUUAUCUGGAUGUUUACAACAACAAGGCAGCCGUUCUGAAGUACGAGAACAACGUGAUGAACAUCCGCCAGUUCAACUGCUCGCCGCAUCCCUACUGGCUGCCCAACUUUAUGGACGUCUUCACGUGGUCGCUGCCCUUCGUGGGCGAGAAGGUGACCGAGAUGCUGGUGAACAUCCUGAACAUCUGCUCGGACGACGAGCUGGUCGCCGGACCGGAUGACGAGCUGGAGGAAGAGCUCCGCAAGAAAAUUGUGCUCGUGCCGGCGAACGCGAGUAAUAACAAUAACAAUAAUACGCCCAGUAAGCCAGCUUCCAUGUCGGCGCUGCGCAAAGAGAUUAUUCGGAAUAAGAUCCGGGCCAUCGGCAAGAUGUCGCGCGUCUUCUCCAUUCUCAGGGAGGAGUCGGAGAGCGUGCUCCAGCUGAAGGGUCUCACGCCCACGGGCGCCUUGCCAGUGGGCGCCUUGUCCGGCGGAAGGGAUUCCCUCAAGGAGGCUCUGCAAGGACUGACCGCAUCCUCGCACAUCCACUCCUUUGCGGAGGCCAAGGGCCUGGAUGCGGUCAACGAACGAAUGCCGCCGCGCCGUCCGCUUUUGAUGAGUGCCAGCAGCAGCAGCAUCACCACGGUCACAAGGAGCAGCAGCAACACUAGCAACAACAACAGUAACAACAACAACAGUAGCAACACGACGACAAAGGACAUCAGCAACAUUAGCAGUAAUGACACCACAACCGUAACCAAAACGAGCAGGACGACUGUGAAAUCGGCCACCACCAGCAACGUGCGGGCAGGAUUCACCACCAAGAAGUUCUCCUAGUGGGUGGACCCCCUGCUCAAUGAUGUCUUUAUUAUUUUCGUUUGGACUCUGUUCCCCAUUUAGUUGUACUCCUUGUUAUGGUAAGAUCAGGCACACAAUUAAGUUUCCGCGAAAGUUCUCUGCAACUUAUGAAAAUUCAAUUGAGUGCCCGACCUUAGCUUUAGUUAAAUUUUUAUACAAACCACUUCUCCUAAUACUAGUCAAAGAAAAAGAGUGGACCUUCGAUCGCACAGCUUUCGAUUGUCGGUGCACACGUUAUAGAAUCUCUCCGCGAAAAUCCCGAGGCAAAUCACACCCAUACUCACCUGCAAUAUUAGCAAGAAAUUUAUACGCGACAUGAAAAUCCGUUGAAUAAAAAAUGGCUGGAAAUAGCUCAACAAAA